GGGCUAAGGGAUGAGCUGGGGCCCUCCUUCCCAAUGGCAUCUCCCCCUGGUCUGGAACUGAAGACACUGAGCAGUGGUCCCCAGACCCCAAGGAGACCGGCUCCUCUAGGCCUCGUGGCCCCAUCCAGGCAGGGUGUGGAGAACGCCUGCUUCUCCUCGGAGGAGCAUGAGACCCAUUUCCAGAACCCUGGGGACAUCAGACUCGGCAGCUCCCCCAGCCCUCCCGGGGGUGUACCCUCAAGGCCCCGAUCCCAGCGGGAUGACCUGUCCCUGCAUUCAGAAGAAGGGCCAGGCCUGGAGCCCGUGAGCCGCCCAGUGGAUUAUGGCUUUGCUUCUGCUCUGGUUUUCCUGGUGAGUGGGAUCCUCCUGGUGGUGACAGCGUAUGCCAUUCCCCGUGAGGCCCAUGUCAACCCGGACUCGGUGACAGCGCGGGAGAUGGAGCGACUAGAGAUGUACUACGCCCGCCUGGGCUCCCACCUGGACAAGUGCAUUAUCGCGGGGCUGGGGCUGCUCACAGUGGGCGGCAUGCUCUUGUCCGUGCUGCUGAUGACCUCCCUGUGCAAGGGCGAGCUCUACCGCCGGCCGACCUUCGUCCCCUACAGGGGCUCCAGGAAGACCUAUGGCUCCAUUAACCUGCGCAUGAGACAGCUCAGUGGGGAUGGGGGCCAGGGCCUGGUGGAAAACGAAGUUGUCCAGGUCUCAGAGACCAGCCGUACCCUCCAGGGGUCUUAAUUAGGAGCUCCCCUGAUCUGAAACCCAAGGCUACAAGCCCCCCAAGGCCUUGGGUUUUAGACUGAGCUCCACACAGGGGCCUGGGGCAGGAGUCUUGGGUGCUGGAAGGGGAGGCCAGGGCCGGGCUCAGGCUCCCCUGC